CAAUUGCCCUGAAGAAGCCGCCGUGAGCCGUUCUUUUUAAAAUCAUCAUGGGUAGUUCAUCGCCGCAGAGCUUGCUGGAUUUGUUGGUAAAAGAUGUCAAAAGACGUUAAAGGAUAUUUGUUAUCGUAGAGAUGAGUUGGGAGUAGAGAUGAAGAGGAUUCCUGAGCUGGAUCGCCACUAGGGGGUACAGGUGGCGAGUGCACGAGCCGCCUGUAUUCUUCACCGAGGGCUUGACAAAACGCGAUCGCGUGACCCAGUCCAUGAGCAGUCUCCCAACUCAUCUCUGCAUUGGUGUGGCGUAAGAUGGAUCGGUUCUCUGAAUGUUUGUAAUUGUAAUUGAUUGUAGUAAGUACCGGUAAUACGACGAAGAAUGGCACUUAUGCCUAGAUAUGGCAAACUCGUACGAGAUUUCGUUAAUGCGUAUUCAAUCUCGCGAAGUGUACACAAGAUGUCCACUGUAACGUCCGUCUUAAACCUUACACUUUUCGACUGGACAAACGAUAGAGGUUAUCACAACCCUUUUCCGAAACGAUCAAAUUUGGAUACUUCGUCGAAGAUACGUUACUCAACUGACUUAAAGGUCGCACCGAAUAAUGAAGACCGAGUCAUAAAUCCUACCGAAACCAUGUUGCUUUCACUGUGCAGCGAUGCUUCCAAAGGAGUACUAUUUUAUGAACAUUUCAUAAACUUAUUCAAUGCCUAUAAAAGUGCUGAUUCUUUUAGCAAAGAGAUAGCUCUACUUUUUCUUCAAUGUUGCGGUAAUGUGUUAGUCGAUGUCAGUAUCGAAAAGAAGAGAGAGUUGACGAGUCAAAUGUGGGAUAUCGUCAAAAACAUAGAUAAUCCAUUGACGUUGAACUCUUAUGAAUUGUUGUUAAACAUUUAUGCUCAGAAUCUUACCUCGGUUGAUCCAAAUGAGUUUGUAAACAGCAUGACGAUUGCUCCAAAUCAAGAUAUUUUUCAUGGGCUAUUAAAUAUAGCUGCUAAAACCGGUAAUUUAGAUGCAGUUUCUUCGGUAAUAUUGAUGAUGAAGGACAGGAAUUUUCCUGUGAAUAUAAAUACGUUUAACUUGAUGGUUCGUGCCCAAGCCACUAACGGUAACAUGACGGGUGCACUCACUGUGAUAAAAAAUAUGGAGUCAUUGGAGAUAGAACCCACGCCUGAAACUUUUGUCAAUUUGUCAUAUGGAUAUGCAAAGCUAGGCGAUAUCGAUAAACUAGAAGAGAUUUUACGAGCCAAGACAUUGAACAAUGAAAACCUCAUGGAAAUUAUCGGAUGGUUGAGCCAUUUCAACCACGGAAAGCAUAUCGAUGUGCUAUUAAAAUACAUUCAGUUUCCCAUAAAUUUUACAAAUUCUGUGAUUAAUAAUACGAUUAUCUCAUUAAUUUGUUCUAAUCACUUUCAAGAUGCAUGCAAAAUUAUUGACUUUUUCCUCUCUCAGGAAAUGUCCAAGAAUACAAGUUGGUACAUUGAUUAUUUGUUAAAACAAUUAAGUAGAGUUCAACAUUCUACUGAGGAUAUUGUUAAGUAUGUGAAAUCGUUAGCUACUUCUCAAAAUAAUAAUGUAAUAGUAUCCGACAUGUUAAAGUAUUCAUUACAAGAAGGUAACAAAGAUCUAGCAUUAUGCAUGCUGGAAAAUAUGAAAGAUUACAUGGAGGUGAGAGUUCACUAUUAUUGGCCACUGCUACUGAGAGUUGGGCGCUUGCAUGGCGAGCACGAAUUACUUGAAUUAGUGUCACAUAUGGUUAAAAAUGAAGUUAGGUUCGAUUAUCUCACUUUGCACAUGUACGUCUACAACUUCAUGAGAUCGAGAGAUCCAUUUGUAAUUUUGGAAGCAUUAAAACUUAAGAAUGUCUUACCAGCUGUAUCGGUUCCGCCAUUGCUUGCAGUUUUACUUGAAAACGGUAGAUUGACAGACGCUAUACAGGUUUGUACCCGUUAUAACAUAAAAAUUGCACAUGCGUAUAUCUUGCCUUAUAUGAUUAAAGGAUAUAUCAUGACAGAGGAUGUGGAUCGUUAUGUACAGUUAAUAAAGAUGAUGAGAAAUAAUAAAGUUGUAGCAGAAGAGUUCAUACUCAAACUGAUCACUAAAAUACCUUUUGAUGAUCUUGAAAAUGUGCUGAAGAAAUUUCUGAAAUCUUUUAAAGAGCACUCAAUAUUUCUGUCUAAUAAUGUUUGCACAAAAAUGAAGGAAAUGGAAAUCUUAGUCAAUAAUCAAAAGUUGAACCUCGAUUCAUUAAUAGAUUCGAUACAGGAACCUGAUCUUGCUCUUGAAAACACUGAUUACCAACAGGAACCAAAAAAUGUUCAAGAGACAAUGUCAAUUGAGGAUUUGGAAUGUCAUCUAAUAGAACUAAAGAGUAAAAAUAUGAACACGCGAGGAGUGUUAAGGAAGCUGUUCCUGAAAUAUUGCAAUCGUGAUAAUGUGGAAAAGGUAGAGAAUCUUUUGAAAGAAUUGGAAGCUGAAAAACAUUCAUGGUCCUUAGGGAUGAAGGCAGCUUACAUAAAUUUUUGUUUGAAUAACAACAUGAUCGAGAAGGCAGUUAGCUCGAUAAAAGAACUUCAGAAUUGCAGUGAAUUUAAAUUGAGUGGUUAUAAGAUCAUAAACUGUGCAAUUAAAUUAAUUAAAGGUAACAAAGUCGCUGAAGCUUUUGAAAUUGUUGAGCAGAAUCGUUGCAUGUCACACUCAAACGAUGGGUUGCAACAUGCUGUGAUGGCUCUCUUAAAGACUAUGUGUAUGCAUGUCGACAGUAAAAAGGUGGAUAAAAUGAUAAACCUUCUCAUUGAAAACGGCUAUCAUCAUGAUAAAAAUAAAUUACAAAGUCAAUUAUUAAAGGCAUAUAUAUUGGAAGAGAAUUUGUCAGCUGCUGUGGAUUUAUUCGAAAAUUCUGUCAAGGAGCAUCGCAAUAUGGCAUUAGCUCAAAGACUCAUAAUAACAUUGCUUCAGUCACAGCAUGAGCAGGCUCAGAUUUUAUUGACGAGAGUGUUAAAUUUAAUAAAAACCGUUUACGAUUUUGAAAUAGUUCAAUUGAAAUUAAUGAUAGGAUUAGCUUUGCUGAAUAAGCACCAGGAGCUACGUGAUUUAAUAAAGAUUCGUCCUGUACGCUUUGAAAAAUUAAGACAUAACAUAACACUAUUCCGAAGAGACGAAAAGUUAAAAGUUUUGAAUACGUUUUUAACGAUAACCAAGGAUUACCCGCUAACAAACAGAAUGAUACUGUACGAAGAACUUCUCUCGGAAUAUAAUUUGCAAUCAGAUACUACCAGUGCUAUUAAUCUCUGGGAGCAGAUGUAUUUAGAAAACCUGAAGCCAUCGAGGGCGUUCUAUCAAAAAUUCGCUGAGUUGUUACAAUCGAAUAAGAUGGAAUUACCAGAGACAUUUGUGAAUAGCAACAUGAUAGAGCGAAUAAGCUUAACUGCCCAAAAAUACAGAAACACAUGAUUUUUGUUGUAAUAAAUUGUUUUUAUAGUUUCUCUGCGUAAAGUCAUAUUGUUAUAUGUUAGAUUACAGGGCUUUAAUACACUGGCUUCAUAAUGUC